AAGAUGGAGCAGUUGUACCUCUCGGAGAAAGGAAACGAUGAUUCGGUAGAUGGUACACAGCAAAAACCGCUCGAUACACUUCUUAAGCUUUUCCAGCGAGAUCAGAAGAAGAAAGAUGAGAAGGAAAAGAGAGAGGAUGAAGAUCGUGAAAGAAGAGAGAAAAAUCUUGAGGAAGCCAAGAAGAUAGUCAUCGAAGAGGAUCCUAGUCUGCCCAAGGCCAAGAGGAUUCUGAUCAAGGAAGGAACUGCAAACCGCGACCAGCGGGUGAAAGUCCAAGGCUGGGUGCAUCGUCUACGCAGACAAGGCAAGAAUCUGAUGUUUAUUGUGUUGCGAGAUGGAACCGGACUCAUCCAAUGUGUUCUGCAUGACAAACUGUGCCAGACGUACAACGCUCUCAUCUUGUCGACAGAGAGUUCUGUAUCACUGUAUGGUGUCAUCAAGGUUCUCCCAGAGGGCAAGAUGGCACCAGGAGGCCAUGAGUUAUCCUGUGAUUACUGGGAGCUGAUUGGUGCAGCUCCGGCGGGUGGGGCUGAUAAUCUCGUCAACGAGGAGUCCCACAUUGAUGUUCAGCUGGACCAGCGGCACAUGAUGAUGCGAGGAGAAACGCUUUCAAAGAUUAUGAGAGUCAGGUCCACUGUGGCUCAGUGUUUCCGCGAACACUAUUUCAACAGUGGUUACAUUGAGGUUUGCCCACCCACCACGGUCCUAACUCAAUACGAAAGCGGGGCCUUCAAGUUAGACUUCUUUGGUGAACAGGCCUACCUGACUCAAUCCUCUCAGCUCUACUUAGAGACUGCUCUACCAUCGCUAGGUGACGUCUUCUGCAUCUCUCAGUCCUACCGUGCCGAGAUGUCCCGCACCAGGCGCCAUGUAGCAGAGUUUACCCACAUUGAGGCGGAAUGUCCCUUCAUCUGCUUUGAUGAUCUACUCACUCGAUUGGAGGAUCUUAUCUGUGACACUGUGGACAAAGCCUUGGCGUCCCCUAUCGGACCUCUCAUCAUGGAAUUCAACCCGGAUUUCAAGCCUCCCAAGCGUCCGUUUAGGCGUAUGGAUUACAGUGAAGCCAUCACGUACCUUAAAGAACACGACAUCAGAAAAGAUGACGGAACAUUCUAUGAAUUUGGAGAGGAUAUCCCUGAGGCACCGGAGAGGAAGAUGAUGGACCAAAUUAAUGAGCCCAUCUUACUCUGUCGAUUCCCAGCAGAGAUUAAAUCCUUCUACAUGCAGCGUUGUCCAGAGGACCGUAGGCUGACGGAAUCUGUUGACGUUCUGAUGCCCAACGUUGGCGAGAUCGUUGGCGGAUCUAUGAGGAUCUGGGAUUACGAUGAGCUGAUGGCGGCGUAUAAGUCUGCCAAGAUUGAUCCCACACCGUAUUACUGGUACACGGACCAGAGGAAGUACGGUACCUGUCCUCAUGGAGGCUACGGUCUCGGACUGGAACGAUUCUUGACCUGGAUCCUAAACCGCAUGCACAUCAGGGACGUCUGCUUCUACCCACGUUUCAUAGAACGAUGCACGCCAUAGAUGCGUCAACACGUCGCCUUCAAUUCCUGAUUCUAAGCAUUGCUUAUUUGUGUGGGAAGUAAGGAGUAGUUGAUAAAGGGCGGGGCUAAGUUGGUCAAGAGGGGGUGAUUGUGUGCCCUAGGACCAAAUUCCUAGAGAUAAUUUUGCCAUUGUAUUGUAAUGUAUUUCUUCAAGGUGAAGUGUUAAACUUUCUUCAAAGAUCGCUCUUUUAGUUUCAAGUAUUUUUUUUGUCCAAAACUCAUUACAAAUUGCAGUAUUGCAGUUUUAAAUUUUCUUCAAAGCUCGCUCUUUUAGAUUCAAGUCAUCUUGUUUUUUGACCAAAACUCAACAAAUUGCAAAGGGUUAACCUUACAUUUUUUAUGAAAAUUUUGCCAAAAUAGGACUUGCCUCCAAAUGACUCAGAAAUGCCCUACAAUGUAAGAUGAGUUUCAAUCAAUGUUCAAAAAAACAUUAUUAUGAAGAUUUGAACGAAAAUUACUGGUUUAUUGAUUGGGGACAAAAGUUAUCAUUUGUGACCGCGAUUUCCCCCACAUGUUUGACGCGAUUAUCUGUGGAAUGGAAUAUCUGACCAGAAAUCGUGUUGGAAUUUGGUCUCAAGUACUUUAAGCCAAAAAAAAGGCUACGGUUUCUGGUAUGCGCUCGCGUGUCACCGUAGCCAUGCGCAUCGGCAAAAUAAGAUGUUGUCUCAAAACCGCCAAACUCACUGGUUUGUCUGGAAUCCUGCUACUGCACAAUUUCAACGUGCUUUUAGAUGGGCUUACAAUCGAGCAUAAUCUUUAUGUUGCCCCUUUGGGCUCACAUAUUUUGCACUAAAUUUAAUCGGGCACCAUUUGCAGUCAUCAGCCGAUAUUUGAAGGAAAAAAACAAGUAAUUUUUCUGAAAAUGCAGCAUUGCCGCACCAAUUUUGGGGCAAGCUCCAUACCAGAAACCAAAGAAUUAUUUUUUUUGGCCGUACGCAAUUUUCUUGCAAGUUUAAAGCAAUAUAGUUUUUUUUGCCAGAAUUAAAAUAGAAUACGCUUUUACUAAAAUUUUCCCAAAAGAUGAUUUCUCAAAAUAAUAGUCCAUUCUUUGAACUUUAUCAUGUUUUCUUAAUAAAUUCCUUCUAAAAUAUUCUCAAUAACAUGUAUUGUAAUCAACUGCUGAAUAGUUACUCUAAUUUCUCAUUCAGCUGCACGUAUGUGUCAAAUAUUAUCAUGUAUCACUUCAAGUAUCUUUCUUUCCUUUCAACUGGGUAUGUAACUGUCUAAAACAAAUAUAUCAGAAUGCAAAACAUGUUUUUCUCAUAAAGAAAAUUAUGUCACAUUUUUGUUCAAAUUGUCCGUUAUUCCCACUGAUAAAAAUCCAUGUUCAAAGCUUUUGAGGAGAUAUAUUCUUUUUUCUUUUCAGAACUCAGAAUUUACAUUCUUGAAUUGGUUUUUCAAAAAUGUCAUAUCUAUCACAAGCCCACAAUUUAUUGUUCCAUUUUGCACUCUUCAACUAUACUUCAAAUAUACAGUAGACGAGAACUCUAUUUAAAUAUACUUGCCAUCCCUCUUGUUUUUAAAUUGCAAAACUUAGACGUUAUUGCCCUCUUUAAAGUAAAUGGAUCUGCUCAAAGUAUGUACAAGUAUGUUUAAUCAAAGUUACGAAAGGAAAUUUGAACUGCAUGUGACAGUACAAUUUUUUGUAAACAUUGUUUCAAUUUGUCUAACAAAUAUUGGUGUCAAAAUUCACGCUCUUGUUUUUGGAAAUGAUUGCAUUUUUUUCAAUGAUUGGUACAAAGUCAACACUGGAUUUGUUUGUCUUGUUUUAUUUCUUCCUAUAAUUAAAAUGAUUUUCAAGUUUAAGGUUUUUGGAAUGAAUGGAUUUAAUAAAAUUGCAAAGUGCAACAACUAAGCUCUAUA